GUUUAAACUCGAUGGAAUUUACUGUGUGGAGCGCAUCUUCUGGGCAGAGGACUCCUGUUGGACGCUCUUUCCAAUUGCAGCGGUGAACUCGUGAUAGCUUCCCUUCAAUUGGCUCCAGCCCCUCUUCAGGAGGCUUUUCGGUCAAACUCUUUGUAAAGAUCACCCGUGAAUUACUGCUUGACAUCUUGAGCUCUGGCGACAGCUGACUCCCUGACAAGGAUGAGCUGGUCACUCAUCGCAGUGAUAGGUCCAUUAUGGCUUGUUCUCAGACCAGACGGAAGUACUUGACGACAUAUUCGAGACUCGCCCAGAGAACAUACCAUCUAUCUGGCUCGUUGGGAUGUUUAUAAAGAGGGCAUGCUUCCCACAGGUCUCGAUCUUCAUCUCGAGCAACAACCAGGCCUCCCUCUUCUGAAUAGCUCGAAUUAUUUGAGCUCUCAGCGUAUAUAACAAGCUGUCUUACCUUCUUUUCUAUAGUGCCUUGACACGAACAACAUGGAUCACGAAGCCAUCACCGAACGCCAGGCAUCCAAUGCUGAGGCCAUUGCCAACCAACGGCGCAGGAGCGUGGCCAAUAAAGGCCUGACCGGUGCUUCUGCUCUUACAGUCAAACAAUCGAUCUUCCCCGUCACCCUGGUCACGGUCUUAUUCUUCUUGUGGGGGUUCGCCUACGGAUUGCUCGACGUUCUCAAUGCAAAAUUCCAAACAUCGCUCAACAUUACAGCUGCAAAAGCAGGUGGUCUGCAAGGCGCUUAUUUUGGUGCUUACUUCAUUGGCCCUCUGACAUACUCCGGCUGGAUUGUCCGAAAGUUUGGCUAUCGUGUCACUUUCAUGACAGGUCUCUGCAUCUACGGGGUUGGUGCUUUGAUGUUUUGGCCUUCGGCAGUCUAUAAAUCCUUCGGAGGCUUCUGUGGCAGCUUGUUCAUUGUCGGGAGCGGGCUUUCAACGCUCGAAACGUCUGCCAACCCGUACAUUGCGACUUGCGGUCCUCCGAGAUUGUCCGAGUUCCGUCUUGAGCUCUCUCAAUCUUUCCAGGCUGUCGGCUCUGUUGUGGCACCCCUUCUGGCCUCUCGAGUUUUUUUCAAGGACACGCACUCUACCGACCUCUCUCACGUUCAAUGGACAUACGUCGGCAUCGCAGCGUUUGUCUUCCUUCUUGCGGUGGUCUUCUUCUUUACUCCAUUGCCCGAGGUCACCGAUGCCGAUAUGGCUCUCCAGGCUGAGCAGUGCGCAGAUCUUACUGGAUAUGAAGAGAAGCCACUCAGUAAGCAGUACAAGCUGUUCUUUGGCGUGGCUGCACAAUUCACCUACGUGGGCGCCCAAGUCGCGGUUGCUUCGCAGUUCAUCAGAUACGCCCAGGAAUCGGCUGGCAUCACGGAGGCACAAGCAUCUGACCGAUACGCCAUUGGCCAGUCAUUGUUUGCCAUCGGUCGUUUCGCCGCUGCAGGGCUCUUCAUGUUUGUCAAGCCGCGUCUUGUACUGAUGGUCUUCAUGACUAUGAUCAUGGUCUUUGUUGCAUGUGCUAUGGGAGUUCAAGGCGAGGGUGGUGUUGCUAUGCUAUCCUUGGUUUUGUUCUUCGAGUCGUGCAUUUUUCCAACCAUCUUCACCCUGUCAAUCCGAGGGCUGGGCCGCCAUACCAAGAGAGGAUCUUCCUGGAUCGUUGCCGCUGUCUCUGGAGGAGCUCUUUUCCCAGCAUUGACUGGCCUUGCGGCCGACAACUUCAAGUCUUACCAUUUGGCGAUGUGCGUGCCACUGUGCGGUUUCUUCGUCAGCUUUGUGUUCCCCAUCUACCUGAACACUGUCUGCAGAAAGGAGCUGGAUGGUUUCCGGGAGACGAAGAUUGGGUACGUCGAUGAACGACGGGGAACCAUUAUUGGUGAUGUCACUGAUGUUGGGACAUUUGAGGCAAUGGAAAAGAGAAGGUCAAUCAACGUUGAGAAUGUGUGAGAUUGUGGGCUUUUGGGGGAUUGAAAUUGGUCAUUACUGUGUGUGGAUCGGCGAAUGACUUUCUGAAAUGGCAAUUGAUGCUUUGACUAUAGACAUGAUAUCCAUUUUGAGCUUCGAACGAGAAUGAUAGUCAAUAUCCCAGUUACAUUCUGCA